UGCAAAACGCAAAGUACAACAUGGUAAUGCCGCUGUCUCCGAGCCUCACGAGUACCUUCGCCCAUUUUCAUUUCUCUUUCUCUCUCAAAACAUCACUCUUUCUGCGACGCGCCAGGGUCAAUUUACCAUUGUACCCUCGCCGCUCCACUCGCACUCGAAUCUCAUUUGCAUGCAGAGCAUCUUCCAUGGAGGAAUCCCCCUCCUCCCUUGACUCCCUCACCCACCGCCUCUCCACUCACACUCUCCAAUCCCACUCCAAGAAGAAGCUCCACCUUCUCGAUUGGGACCAUUCCUUCGUCAAAGAACUUCCCUCUGAUCCCAGAACCGAUUCCUUCCCUAGAGAGGUGCUGCAUGCUUGUUAUACCAAGGUUUCACCCUCAGCUGAGGUAGAUGAUCCCCAACUUGUAGCGUGGUCCGAACCCGUUGCUGACCUCCUUGAUUUGGACCAUAAAGAAUUUGAAAGGCCUGAUUUUCCCAAUAUUUUCUCUGGUGCAACACCAUUGGUUGGAGCGUUGCCUUAUGCUCAGUGCUAUGGUGGACAUCAAUUUGGUAUGUGGGCUGGGCAGUUGGGGGAUGGUAGGGCAAUUACACUGGGGGAAAUACUGAACUCAAAGUCUGAAAGGUGGGAGCUACAACUCAAAGGUGCUGGGAAGACUCCUUACAGUCGGUUUGCUGACGGCCUUGCGGUGCUACGUAGUAGUGUACGGGAGUUCCUUUGUAGUGAAGCAAUGCACCACCUGGGGAUUCCAACAACCCGCGCCCUUUGUCUUGUGACCACUGGGAAGCUGGUCACUCGAGACAUGUUUUAUGAUGGCAACCCGAAGGAAGAACCUGGUGCAAUUGUAUGCAGAGUUGCCCAAUCUUUUCUCCGUUUCGGGUCAUACCAAAUACAUGCCUCCAGAGGUGAAGAGGAUCUAGGUAUUGUCCGUGAUUUGGCAGACUAUGCUAUUAGACACCAUUUUCCUCAUAUUGAGAACAUGAGUAAGAGUGAAGGCUUAUCUUUUAGCACUGGUGAUGAAGAUCAUUCUGUUGUGGAUCUUACUUCAAACAAGUAUGCAGCCUGGGUGGUGGAGGUUGCCGAACGUACUGCUUCCUUGAUUGCGAAAUGGCAGGGGGUUGGUUUCACUCAUGGUGUGCUGAACACUGAUAACAUGAGCAUUUUGGGUCUUACUAUCGAUUAUGGUCCAUUUGGCUUUUUGGAUGCUUUUGAUCCUAGCUUUACCCCAAAUACCACAGAUCUUCCAGGUAGAAGAUACUGUUUUGCAAACCAGCCUGACAUUGGUUUGUGGAAUCUUGCACAAUUCACAACAACUCUAUCAGCUGCUCAGCUAAUAAAUGAGAAGGAGGCGAAUUAUGCGAUGGAAAGGUAUGGAACGAAAUUUAUGGAUGAUUAUCAAGCUAUAAUGACCAAGAAGCUUGGCCUCCCUAAAUAUAAUAAGCAGCUGAUCAGUAAACUUCUUAGUAAUAUGGCUGUAGAUAAGGUUGAUUACACAAACUUCUUUCGGACACUUUCAAAUAUUAAAGCAGAUACCAGCAUUCCAGAUGAUGAGUUGUUGAUCCCACUGAAGUCUGUACUAUUAGAUAUUGGCAACGAGCGGAAAGAAGCAUGGACCAGUUGGUUGAAGGCUUACAUACAUGAGCUCUCGACCAGUGACAUUUCCGAUGAUCAGAGGAAGGCCUCGAUGAAUUCCGUGAACCCUAAAUUUAUUCUCAGAAACUAUCUAUGCCAGACUGCAAUCGACGCUGCAGAAAUAGGUGAUUUUAGCGAAGUUCGCCGGUUGCUCAAGUUAGUUGAGCAUCCCUUUGAUGAGCAGCCAGGAAUGGAAAAAUAUGCCCGGUUGCCGCCAGCAUGGGCAUAUCGACCCGGUGUGUGUAUGCUUUCCUGCUCUUCCUGAGUUGCUUGCUCCUCUUCACAGGUAGAAUAGCAUCUGUUCCAGAUACCAUAUAAAUAGGAGAAUUGAUUGAAAAAGAACAAUUGAAACACAGAAAAUAGGAAUUAAGGAAGGAAAAAAAUGAAAAGAAAAUAAGAAAAUGAGAGUAUAGUGUGUGUUUGUAUUGUAUACGGUAGUCAUUCUGCUGUGUUCUUGGACCAUAGAAAAUGUAAUCGUUGCAUGUAUUGAGUUAUUUGUAGCUGCUUUGCAGUUUAAUGUUCUUUGUUUUAUUUAUUUACGUAUAUUUUGUAUAUUUAA